CUGCUUGGAAAUCAGUCGCCUGCCUUUGCCCGAGCGGAGAGAAUCUCGAAACGCUCGAAUCGACCUGUCGAGGAUUUUGGCUUCAGCUUCUGGGUGCUGCUGGUGCUGAGCAGCCAAAAUCGCAGAGCGCAGAAAUCGAAUGGAAAUUGGCUGCCAUAGCUGCCAUUGCGGGGGCACCGAGAACGAAGGAAUAUAAUAAAAUAUGGCCGAGGGCGAGAUGUGAAAAUGUGAAAAUGCCAGUCCAGGCCAUCCAGUGACCACGAAAAUUGCAGUUUCCCCCAAUUCGUAUUCAUACACACACACACAGUCAACGAAAAAAAUCGUAAAGAAAUUCACAAAAAAAAAAUCAAAGCACAAGCAAAACAAUUUCGGGGCGAAAAAUAAAAAUAUAUACAAAUAUACACAUUUCGAUUCCGAUUCUAGUGGCAAAAAUUCGUAUGUACUCGUCGCUGCUCCUCAAAAACAUUCAUACAUACAAACGCGACCCCCUUUUCCCGCCCACCCAUUCGCCCAAAAAUCCUCAAAGAAAAUAUAAACGUGUGUGUGGUGUUUGAGUGAAAAUCUGAACGGAAGCGCUGGUUAAACAACAAGAAAAUAAAACAAAAUAUAUAUAUAAUAUACAUAGAUAGCCAGGCUAAAGGCAAUGGUCAACAAAAGAACCCGAGCAGCUGAUUUGUGAUAAGUGCAACGACCAAAAAUCGCUGGCGCUUCGAAUUACAAACAAGUGCAAUUAGCUGCUGAUGCCUACAUGUUGCAGCUGUUGCAGCAACAUCAGCACAAGUGGAGAAAAUCACGCAUACGCCCCAUCCGCCCAACGAGCCAAACAAUGCGCUCCACUUAGCCAAGUUGCGUGUCAAUGUGGUGGUACUCCAGCCCACCCCCCCUCUCGCACACACGCACAGACGCACGCACACAACGGCACCUACAUACAUAUGUACAUAUACAAUGAUAGUGUAAUGACUAGCACAAGAAAUAAAUAAAGGCCAGAACAACAACUACGGUGGCAGCUCCAGCUGCUCAUAAAUUUCGUAACGCUCGUGAAAUGUGCCCCUUGGUGCACGGGGCCAUUGAAUCGCUAGAUUUUCGCCCGUAAAUCCGGAGCGGAAUAUGUAAAUGCCAACCGCGCACCAUCAACUCUCUAAAGAAACGCUAGACCCCCUAGAAAAAAAAAAACAGAAACCAAACCCACGCGAAGGUUGAAGUCAGGAUUCUACGAUAAGGAUAACUACUACUCGAAAAAGGUUAUCGGAAAAAUCUUGAAGAAUUUCUGGAAUUUUUCGGCUUGUAAAAUCGCCCAAGGAAAAGCUAAGGAGAAGGAAAAAAAACAUAAAACAAAACGAAAACUAUAACUAAAAUCAAGAGCAGCAGCUGUGGGCAGAGCGAGAAAGAGAGGACAGAGCGCCGCAGAGAGAGUGAGAGAGAGUGUGGGAAAUUUCUAUAAAAAAUUAUUAGCAAAAACAUAAAUACGUAACGGGGUCCCUGCAUCCCCCACAUCCCCAAGGAAGCCGAGAAAGAGAAGCCGAAGCAAAGAAAAGAGCACCACAGCGAGCGGGUGAGUGGGUAGGUCAGUGGCAGUGGGCGGUCCGCCAGCUGGGGCAGCACCACCUCACCACCCAACACCCAACAACACCUUUCCAUCUCCACCUCCACCAUCUCCAUCAGCUCCGCCAGCGUCAACCUCAACUUUCAAAGGGCAGGUAGCGGCAUGUCCUGCACCGUUUCGGAGCUGCCCAGUGGCUGUCGAUUGCGCGGCAUGACUGCAUCCUCACAGCAAAGUGCCGCCAACAAUAGUGGCAACAAUGGGAACGGCAAUGGGAAUGGUGGCGGCGGGGGCGUCGUCGGAGGUGGCGGCAGCCUGGGCGGAGUAUCGCCCACCGUGGGCGGCAGCGUGGGAAUCCUCGGCUCCACGUCCAACGUGCUGCAGGAAUCGAACGCGACCACGUUGCAGCGUCCGCAGUCGCAGAAGCCGUGCUGCUUCUGCUGGUGCUGCUGCUGCUCCUGCUCCUGGGCCAAAUGUCUGGCCAUCAAGAAUGCCGAUGAAAAUGCCCCCACGAAGCGAGAUCUGGUAAAUGCCGAAUUCUUGGAUGGCGAGCAACCCACACUGGAGGAAAUCCGCAGCUGGGGCAAAAGCUUUGACAAGCUGAUGAAAAGUACAGCUGGUCGAAAGGUGUUCCAGAACUUCCUGCGCAGCGAAUUCAGUGAGGAGAACAUCCUGUUCUGGCUGGCCUGCGAGGACCUCAAGAAGGAGAACAGCCCCGAGUUGGUGGAGGAGAAGGCGCGCCUCAUCUACGAGGACUACAUCUCGAUCCUGUCGCCCAGGGAGGUGUCGCUGGACUCCAGGGUCCGCGAGAUCGUCAACCGGAACAUGAUCGAGCCCACGACGCACACCUUCGACGAAGCUCAAAUCCAGAUCUACACACUGAUGCACAGAGACUCAUAUCCGAGAUUCCUAAACUCUCAAAAGUUCAAGACACUAGCUCAACUGCAAGACAACUCGAAUGCCGGUUCCAAGGCGGAUAGUCCCACUUAGAGUGGAUGAUGGCUUGUUGUCCCGGAUAGGAUUUGGAUUUGGAUCGAAUUCAGUUGCGCUGUGUUGACUUCCGCUGUUGCUCUCCACUGGUAUAUCUCUGAUUUUCCGCCCCAAUCGCUGCUGCAAUCGACUAAGCAAUAUGUAUCCAUUAGUAGAACCAUUUAACCAUUUUGCGAGCAGCCCCGAAAUCAGGAUCUUGGUUGGGGCAGGUGAAUCAGACGUCGUGCGUUCAAUGUGAAUCCGGAUUCCUUUCACUUCCUACGUUCUAGUCGUUAGCCAACCAAAGAGUUAGGCAUUACACAAUAUGUUUUCACUAAGAAGCAGGUUCGACCACAGAAAGCAUUUUCCAAACACCCAAAAAAAAAAAAACAAAAAGCAAAACAACAAAAAAAUACCCAGAAAGCUAAUACGAAACGAGCGACACAAAUAGCAUCCAUUGUAAUACUAGUGAUCUAAGAGACGUAUUAAUCAAAUUGAAACCAAGAUUACGGAACCCGCUAACUGAUAAGUAUAUUUAAACGUAAUCAUAAACCGCAACGUAACAGAAAUACUUUUUCCAAAAAACAUUACAAAAAAAAAGAAGGAAAGAAACCAAAAAAUCUUUUUAAACGUAUUACAUACAUAAACUUAUAUAUACAACACACCAGCAUAUAUAUAUAUAUAUAUAUAUAUAUAUAUAUAUAAAUACGGAUAUAUAGAGACAUUUAACAUGACUAGUUUUGAAAUCGUUUUAGGUCAUACGAGUAAUGACAUCGAAGCAUUUUGUAAAUACAACAGCAGACGGCAACACUUUCUACUUUCUUAUGAAAACCCAUUGAGGAUCAAGUCCUUUCUUAAGCACAUCUUACAAAGUCCCAUCGUGAGCUGUACUUUGACCACAACAGACCAUACACACCCGAUAGAGUCUUAACCAAAUGCAAACCGGAACAAGCGCAUAACUAACGUGUACUAUAUUAUUUCGAUGUCGAGCUGAUUUCCAAGUCGAAAGGAGAACGUUUCGCAAUAUCACUGCCAACACAAAUAAGAAAAAAAUCAGAACUUCGCAACCAAAUAUAUCCACUUACAAUGUAUUAUGCAAUUGUUUUUCGUUAGAGAUGCGGAAGUUCCAAGAGUUUCCUUGCAUUGCUCCCUUUCUGCAUUCAAAAAACAUAUAUUAAAAAACAGUAUUAUAAAUAACAAAAAAAAUGGGAAAAACACAAAAGUAUGGUUACAUUUAAAUUUUAGCAAACAAGUUGUCGAAUUGAAAACUAAAAACAAAUAUAAGAUAUGAAAAAAAAACCAACAAGUUUAUAAGGAAAAACACAGAACAAACAGGAGGACUUUCGGUUCGAGCCCUGGCAAAAAGUUAACAAUGUAAUUUCGAUCUUAAGUUGGUUUCCUUUGACCUUAGGUUGUUUGUGUUCGAGGCACAAUAUUUUAAAGUACAAUAUUAAUGUGUGUACCUUCGUUGCGGGGAGCAGGGAAUGUAUUUUCGUAGCUAGUUGGUGUGCCUAGUUUUAAUGCAUCUAUCGAUACAAGACCCCACCCAUCCACACUCUGACAUGAACAAGAACAGCAAACACAAGUAUGUUAACUUUACUAGCAAUUAAGCAACUAUUAGUUCCCCCAAAGCAUAUAUGAUUUCAAUAUUGUCAAGCCAUAGUUACUUUCAAGCUCAUUAGCUUCUAUUAUUAUUCUCAAAUCUUAAGGUGCUCAGCAUAAGGACACCAAAUAAGUUUUGUUUUUUUAAUAUAGAAAUAUUUUUGCAAUAUCCCCGCAUAAGUUCCUAUAUUUUUAUAACAGCUUAGACACGAUCGAAGGUCCGAUUUCCGGAUCCAUAUGGUAAAUCACAUCUCCGCCUAGUCCUUUGAAACUUGACUUUUACGCGUCACUCAGGCUGCUACUUGGAAUUGAGAAUUCGACAACCGCCUUGGCAUUAUAGAGGGCGAUGAGAUCGGCAGAUCGGCGGAUCGGUGGGAACCCGUGAGCCAACGUCAGUUUCCAUGGUUUGUUACAUUAAUUUUAGGCAAUCAGGUUAGACAAAAAUGUCCUGGUCAAAGGGACGCGCGGAGGGAUGGAAUGUUUGUUUGUGAAUGUUUCUCUUCGGUUUCUUACUUUGCAUAACGGAAAGAUAUAAGACUUUUUGAAGAAAAAAAACAA